AAUCUGGACUGUUAACUUUGCUGUUCCUGUACUGUCAGCUCACCAACUCAUCUUCUCAUCUCAUCAUUAUACCCUCUUCCUUCCGCCCCUUCACUUCCAUCCACUUCGGUCGCUGCGGUUUAUUUCUCUCUCUCUCUUGUUUUGCUCAACUCUUUCUAUUAUAAUUUAAAUUUGACGUCGAGUCCCAAACCGGUCAAUGAACAAUGCGGGGAUCUGAGGCAUCGGGGCUCAGUGCCCUAUGGGGUGCUCCCUCGACCCUCACCACUUCCGUGAUAAGCGAUCCGACAACGUCACCAGCCUCGCAGUCUCGCUAUCCGGCCACUGAUCCUCAACGAGUGGCAUCCGAUAUUGAACAUGUCCUGUUGGCAAUGUCCUCUCCAAGUCAGGAUGGCGGUCUGGUCAGCGCGAGUGGCAAUUCUUCGGGUUCUACCGGCAAGGGUAUCUUGAUCGGCGUCCUCUCCGCCUUCGGAUCUGCAGCAGUUGCUGUGCUUGUUCUUGCGAUAUUCUUCUUUUUCAAGUAUACUCAACGUGGUAGAAUUAUUUUGGACCGCAUCGGGCGCCCGGGUGAAUACGAUGAUGAGCAAGCGUUUCUGCGCGAGGAGACCGAGGCUUUGGAGGCCAUGGAUGAUCUGUCGAGGUCCGAGUAUCUGAGGGCAAAGGCAUUCAUCGAAGCUAACCCGCCCGAAUCGAUGCAAACCGAUAUCUCUCUCUCUCAGUUCCUCGCGAUCCAAGAAAAGGGUGUUUCAGCAUGGGAGUUCCAACCGGAGCUGGAAAUCGCCAACUGCUUUGUCGAGGCCCGCACAGAGAUUGAGUUCUACGAUUCGGAAUGCAGUGUGCAGACCAACCUACCUGUUCCGAAACAGAAUGAUGUUUACUAUUGGGAAGCGAAGAUAUACGAUAAACCCGAGAAUACUCUCGUCGGUAUUGGCAUGACCACCAAGCCAUAUCCUUUGUUCCGGUUACCAGGAUACCAUAGAGCCUCGGUAGCAUACCAAACCACGGGUCACCGGAGAUAUAAUCAGCCUUUUACACCAACGCCAUAUGGCCCUCCGCUUUCGCAAGGCGAUGUGAUCGGUGUAGGUUAUCGGCCUCGCUCAGGUACGAUAUUCUUCACUCGGAAUGGCAAGAAACUGGAAGAUGUGGUCCAUGGCCAAAAAGCGCAAAAUUUCUUCCCCACUAUCGGAGCAAAUGGGCCCUGCACCAUCCAUGUCAACUUCGGUCAAAUGGGCUUUGUGUUUAUCGAGGCCAAUGUCAAGAAAUGGGGGUUGGCGCCAAUGACGGGUAGUUUAGCCCCCCCGCCCCCGUAUGGUAGCGAGCAGGGUAGCAUUCUGCUGGAGUCCGGUCGCGAGAGUGCUGCUCAAAUUUCCCAGCGGGUUUAUCAGGAUGCCAACAAUGCACGUACGAGCUCCACAGUCAGAAUCGUACCGUCAGCCAGUCCCGGUCCGGUCCGGUCCCCCACGGAUAUUUCCCUCGCCCAGCUAGCUCACAUUCCUUCAAACGAAGAUGCUGGAGAAGGCUCAAGCCGCACGAAUGUUGGCGACGGGGAGCAUCCUCCACUGUUGAAUCCCCAAGAUGUCGACCAGGCUCCUCCACCGGAAUACUCGAGCCCCGAUAGCAGCCGAAGAGGCAGUGAAGAUCUGCCGCGCCAGGAUCAACCACCGAUACCUAGCUAUGAUGCGGCUGUCGGCAACAGGGAUGACAAUCCUUCGCGUCCGAGUGGAAACAACUAAUUCAGCCGAGGCGUACAAUUCAAAUUUUCUGUUUCAUUCUGUUAUUAGCAAAACCCCCUAUGAUGUGUGUAUAUGGUCUUUGAGCCAUCAAAUAUGGUGGCUUCCUCUCUGUUAAUCGAUUUUAGCGGCCACGGUUGGCGUUCCAAUGGAUGGGAUUAUUGCGGUUGGGGCUUUUAUGGGCUUUAUGCUACCCGGAUGUGGCAAUGACAU